AAUAAACCAGCAGCUGCUGGUCCAUGAACCAAGUUACCACCAAGAAUAGAGCACUGCAUGCAUGGGACAGGAUGCCUUCAUGGAGCCCUUCAGCAGCACAGUUGGGGUCUUUCGUUGCAAACUAUACCUCCUUCUCUUAGGUUUUUGCUCAGGCCUGAAAGUAGCAGUGCCAUCACACACUAUUCAUGGCAUCAGGGGCCAAGCUCUCUACCUCCCUGUGCACUAUGGAUUCCAUACGCGAGCAUCAGACAUCCAGAUCAUAUGGCUAUUUGAGAGGCCCCACACAAUGCCCAAAUACUUAUUGGGCUCUGUGAACAAAUCCGUGGUUCCUGACUUGGAAUAUCAGCACAAGUUCACCAUGAUGCCACCUAAUGCGUCUCUGCUCAUCAACCCACUGCAGUUCACUGAUGAAGGCAAUUAUAUUGUGAAGGUCAACAUUCAGGGGAAUGGAACUUUCUCAGCUAGUCAGAAGAUACAAGUCACUGUCGAUGAUCUUGUUACAAAACCAGUGGUGCAGACUCAGCCUACUUCUGGGGCUGUGGAAUAUGUGGGGAACAUUACGCUGACAUGUCUAGUUGAAAGGGGAACCCGACUGGUUUACCAAUGGCUUAAAGAUGGAAGACCUGUCCACACUAGCUCCACCAACUCUUUUUCUCCCCAAAAUAAUACCUUUCAUAUUGCUCCAGUAACCAAAGAAGAUAUUGGGAAUUACAGUUGCUUAGUGAAGAACUCUAUCAGUGAGAUGGAAAGUGACAUCAUUGUACCUACCAUAUAUUAUGGACCUUAUGGACUUCAAGUUAAUUCUGAUAAAGGACUAAAAGUAGGGGAAGUAUUUACAGUUGACAUUGGAGAAGCCAUCUUGUUUGAUUGUUCUGCUGAUUCUUAUCCUCCCAACACCUACUCCUGGAUCCAGAGAACUGACAAUACAACAUAUGUCAUUAAACAUGGGCCCCGUUUAGAAGUUGUAUCUGAGAACAUAGCCCAGAAGACAACUGACUAUAUGUGCUGUGCAUACAAUAAUGUAACUGGAAAGCGAGACGAAACUCAUUUUACAGUCAUCAUCACUUCUGUAGGACUGGAGAAGCUUGCACAAAAAGGGAAAUCAUUGUCUCCUUUAGCAAGUAUAACUGGAGUAUCACUCUUUUUGAUUAUAUCUAUGUGUCUUCUCUUCCUGUGGAAAAAAUAUCAACCCUACAAAGUUAUAAAGCAGAAGCUAGACAGAAGACCAGAAACAGAAUACAGAAAAGCUCAAACAUUUUCAGGCCAUGAAGAUGCUCUAGACGAUUUUGGGAUAUAUGAGUUCGUUGCUUUUCCAGAUGCUUCUGGUGUUCCUCGGAUGCCAAGCAGAUCUGUUCCAGCUUCUGACUGUGUAUCAGGUCAAGAUUUGCACAGUACAAUCUAUGAAGUCAUUCAUCAUAUCCCUGCUCAGCAGGACUAUCCGGAGUGACCGUUCUUGGGCAAAGUGGUCAUUGGUGUGAAAUAAGGAAGCAACAUUUUGAAGAGAAACACUGGAAAAGUAUACACAUCUGGAACCGGUGAAGAAAUUAAUCCUAAUACCUCCUGCUCACUGUUUCCUUUAAUGCAGAAUAGAGCCGCAUAUAAAAGUUGGACUGCAGGUUUUCACACUGCAAUGUGUGACAGAGUAAUGUGUUGGGGAAAUAUUCCUUCGCCUUUAUCAUGAUGACUGUGAGGUAGAAAAGAUGAGACUUUCCAUAUAAACUUUUUUAAAACCAAGUUUCCCUUGGUCUAAAAGGGUCAAUUAUUUACAUUCCACACUUUUGCUUUCAUCAAUAUAGAUACUAACCUAUAAAUGUGGAACAUUACAUUUGUAUUUUUAACAGACUAUUUUAUUAAAUUCUCAUCAUUGUUACCAUUGCUAUGUAAUUUUAAAUUUUCUCUCCAAAUUUACUUCUUGUUGUUUGUCCCACAGAAGAGUAUGUCUACCUUUUUAUAGGUUGUCAACUAAGCAGUUACAUUUUCUGAAAUGAUUUGUAAAGUGCUGAAGGAAAUAACUUAUUAAAGUCUUUUAUUUUUGUUCAAGGAAAGACAGACUUAAAUAAAUUAUCCUGCUUUUGCUUGUA